UACUAAUCCAAUCUCUCAGAUUCACUCAGACUCACUGCUGAGCUCCUGGACAAUGAUGUUCCGUUUCAAUAUCGUCUCCAUCCUUGUAUUGCUGACGGGAAUCCGGCUAGGACGUUGCCAAGUGGCACUCUCCGAUACGAAUCAAGCGAGAAGUAAGGCGACGGAAUGGUUAUUGAAAGAAUGGAUCGAACCACGUCCUGGCGCUCCCACUCGGUUGACAGGUGGAUGGGAUGAUUCAAACACGAUCCGCGUUCUUACGGCACUCCAGCUGGUUGACAAUGGCUGGCUCUUCAAUCCUGCCAAUAAGGAAAAAGCAGAGUUGGCCGUCAGGCAAAUGAAUAGCGAAAUCCUUAACGGCCUAGUCAAGAGUGUAAAUAUGACGUUCUUGUCUGCCGAAGAAAGUUCCCAUUACGUAAACGGAUUACUUGCAACGUGUCAAAACCCAGAGAACUUUUAUGGUCACAAUUUAGUGGCCAUGUUGACUCGGAGGAUGAAUAGUAUACCAUCCGGAUCCGGCACAAAAAAUGUAGGACAAGUCAUUGCAUCUGUUUUGGCGCUCUGUAAUGCCGGUGCACCCAUUCCACCGGCAGCCAUCCAGCGUAUCAACAGUGAACUUAAACCUACCUCAGGAAGUUGUUCAUUCUGCGUAGAAGGUUCUAGUAUGGCUAUUUUGGCGAUGAAAUGUUUGAGGGAUCGGCCUGGACCCGUCGACCAACUAGUGCAGGGUAUCAGCACUCGUCAAAUCGCUUACGUCAAGGGUAAACAAGAUAAAGAUGGAGGUUUCGACGAUCUGAUUUCUACCAGUCUCGCCGUACAGGCGGCUAAUGCAGUAGGAACCGUAAAUCUCCCCAUAAAUGUGGCUGCGGCUCUUAACUACAUUCUUCAAGACCAAGAUAAGGAAACAGGAAGUUUUGGUAACCCAGCUUUCACGUCAGUUGUUUUGCCAACCUUGAUUGGGCGCUCAGCUCUUGAUGUCCGCAACAUAAAUUGUCCUGCUCCUAGACCAGCAGGUAAUCCCAUCCGCAGCGGCCAGAUAAGAACCCUUUUAUCUAUCGAAGAUACCGUCUUCGCUCAAACGAUCGUUGAGACUAAAGUAGAUACUAACCCUGGUCAAACUAUACUACAGAUAAUGAAUGAACAAUCCGCCAAACACCCACGCGCCUUCAAGUUCACGACGGAAGCUGCAAAUGGGGGGACACAACUGACCGGAUUAAACAGCGUAACUAAUGACAGUAAAAACAACUGGUCAUGGAGGGUGUUCCGGAUUCCUCCAGGAUCAAACCAGGCUCCUCAACCUGUUUCUACACUGGAUAACGGAUUGGGAACUAACGUACAGAAUGGAGACAAAAUUAUCUUUCGUUUCGGAUGAACGUAAAAUUGGAAACUUUCAUUCGGAUAGUGACUUAAUUUCUCCUCGUCUGGAAAAUUUUGCACUUUGUCUUCUUUGGGAAUGGGCGAACAUUUUUAAGUGAAAUAUCAAUGAAUUUAAGUAUAAGAGAACUUCAAAUUUGGUAAUUUGAGAACAAAUAAAUAAUUUUACGAAGAC